ACGCCGGCAGCUUAGCGGCGUGCACCGCUACGGCGGCCGUCUACAUAUACACACACCGCCACGAUCGCUGGGACAGGCCCGGCAGCCUCCGUACUCAUUCAUUCAUUCCCUGCACACCCCACCGCACCGCCUGUGAACAAACCAGUAGCCGCGAGCUCGCCCCCAGCAUCCAAGCCGGCCGGCCGCCGGAGCCAGGAGCCCGGGCGUACGUAGGCGCGCAGCGAACGGCCAUGGCGGCGGCGCACCAUCACUAGCGGCCGGCGCUCCUCCUCGUGGCGUCGGCGGCGGCGCUGCUGCUGCUGGCGUCGGCGGCGCCGGGCUCCGGCGGGACGAUCGACCCGGCGUGCAUGACGUCGCUGCUCAACAUGUCGGACUGCCUGGGGUACGUGACCAAGGGGAGCACGGCGCGGUGGCCCGACGCGCCGUGCUGCCCGGAGCUGACGGGUCUGGUGGGCUCCAACCCGGUCUGCCUCUGCGAGCUCCUCUCCGGCGCUGCCGACUCCUACGGCAUCGCCGUCGACUACGACCGCGCGCUCGCGCUCCCCGGGAUCUGCCGCGUCGCCACCCCGCCCGUCUCCACCUGCACAGCCAUGGGGUAUCACGUCCGCGUGGGCCCAGCCGCAGCGCCCAUGUCAGGCUCUCCGUCGCCCAUGUCAGGCAUGGCUCCCUCCGGGGUGGGCCCACUGUUCCCAGGGACAUCGCCGGCCGCCUCGCCGCCGUCCUCGACCAGCCACGCGGCGCGCCGCUCCUCCUCCGGCGGCGGCAUCCACCUCACUGCCCUCGCCAUGCUGGCGCUCGCCGCCGCCACCAACGGGUUGCUCUAUGUAAUACCCGAGUGUUAAACUUGGGAUUUAAUUAGCUAGUUCGUGACUUAAGACAUUCCGCUGCAAAUCAUCCAAGCUCAGAUUUCAGAUUACGGAGCCAGAGAAAACCGGAACUUCUGGAUUGGGACCCGGAACUUUCGGAAAUAUCCGGAUACUCCGGUAUUUCAUCCGGAAACUCCGGAUUUAUCCGGAUACUCCGGAUAUUUGUCCGGAUAGUCCGGACCUGGAGUGGUAUAUUAUGUGUUUUGGGUUUGGUGACUGUUCCCAAAUGUUAUAAACCGUUGUUUGCUCUCUCC